AUGACAAUUUUAACUUCCAGACAGCCUACUGCUGUUUCAGCACCGGGGAAAGUACUUUUAGCAGGAGGAUAUCUAGUAUUAGAUAGGAAAUAUGAUGGAAUAGUUAUUGGAACAAGUGCAAGAUUUUACUCGGUAAUUUAUUCGGGGAAAAAUGAUUUUGGAGAAAUAUCUGUUCAUUCGCCACAAUUUAAUGACGGAGAAUGGAAAUAUCGAGUGAAUGAAAGUUUUGACGAUAGUUUAUCUUGUGAACUUCAACCUAUUAAUCCAGAAAAACGUAAUUCGUUUGUUGAAAUUGCCAUAAAGUAUUCUUUAUCAAUUAUUUUACAUAGAAUAAAUAAACACAAAUUUCAAGAAAUAUUUGCUAAAGGAUUAGAUAUUUAUAUUGUUGGUAGUAAUGAUUUUUAUUCGCAACGCGAACAGCUAAGUAAAAGAAAUUUACCACUUACAUCCUCAUCACUAAAUUCUCUUGAACCAUUUUGUAAAGUACAUUGCAAUUUAAAAGAAGUUCAUAAAACCGGAUUAGGUUCUUCAGCAGCAUUGAUUACAUCACUUGUGGCAGCGCUUUUUGUUCAUUUUGAAAUAGUAUCAAAUCAAACAGAUGAUAGAGGAUUAAUUCAUAAUGUGGCACAAUUUUGCCAUUGUUUGGCGCAAGGGAAAGUUGGUAGUGGCUUUGAUGUAUCUGCCGCUGUUUGGGGAAGUCAUAUAUAUAAAAGAUUUUCUCCAAGCAUUUUAGAUGAUGUUAUGAAUCAAAAGGUUAAUCUAUCAGCUCUUAAUAACAUUGUUGAUCCAGCUUCAAAUGUAUGGGAUAAUCAAGCAACAAAAUUCUCCCUUCCACCUGAAUUUACGUUAGUAUUAGCCGAUAUAGAUGCAGGUUCUCAUACACCAAGUAUGGUCGGAAGAGUAUUGAAAUGGCAUAAAGAAAAUGCUGAUCAGG